AGAACUCCAGAAUGCUCCUCGAAGAAUGAUUCGGAAGCCAAUCCUCAGCCUUCAUUGUCGUAACAGAAUCUUCCACAAUAGAAGUAUGGAGAGGAUUUCAAAAAAGAGAUUUGAUACGAGCCUAAGGCACAAUUAUAGCCAAGAAAAAUUGCCUGUUAUAAAUUAUUCUAAUAACCCAGACACUUCUGCUUUGCUAGCACCAAAGAAAUACUCUAUUAGUAUCCCAAAAUUCAGAAACCUCUCACGGAUGAAGAGAGACAAGCAAUAUGAGAAACAACUCAAAAUAUUACAAGGCAUGAAAAUUAAUAUUACAAAGCCUAUUCCAAUUACCAAGAAUAUUAGGGCUAAUAAGGCACUAAGUAUUACGGAUCAGGGAUGCCAGACAGAGCAGGACAUAAUACUCAACUCAAAUCCCCAAAAACUCCAAAGUCAUUUUACUAGCCUUAGGAAGGAAAAUCUAAAUCUUCCUGCUCUUAUGAAGAUCAAGAAUACUGCUAUUUUUAGAGAUUACAAAAGAAUUUUGGAGCCUCUGAAACACCAUCAGAAAACUACAAAGAGGCUGAACCAGUUCUUAAAGAGUAGCUAUCGGAAGAAAAGUUUACAUAAAGUUUCUGAUAUCUCUGAAUUAAGAUCGUGCGAAUACCAAUCAGUUUCAUGUGAGAGAUCUGUGCUCAAUACCAACCCUAGUGACAGAUCAAUCACGCCUAUGAGGUUUAAGGCGCUCAGGAAGCCACUAAAGGAAGAUAUGAAAAUAUCUAGCAUAAGCAAUGCUGAGAGAAGGAAGAUUUUGUGUAAAUUACAACACAAAAUAAAGUCUAUAUGUCAGACUUCCCAAGGUAUUACUAUGGAAUCUAAUGAUUCUUCAACUUAUAGCGAUUAG